AUGACAGACCCAGAAAACCAGCAACAUUCAGAAGACAUUACUGGGAGAGGUUCAGGUGGUGGAGGAAAACAACAACAAAACAUUGAAGUUAACGUUGAGAUUAAAGAAAACGGGUCUUUUCACGACAACUGCACAAAGGGAGAUAAUGAUGAACACAUUCCAUCUUCGUCAAGAGUAAAAGGUGCAGGGAACACUGAUGAUGAUCCGGGCCGGAAUAUAGUCUCUAGAAUGCAAAACUAUUGUGACAUGCCGACUGUCAAUGGAAACGCAAUGGCGGUGCACUCGGUUGACAUCACUGUGCACAAUAUGCCUGUCAAUCACCAGAUAGAAGCACCAAGCAUAGCAGGAGAGUGCUCUACAAACAACGGAAACCAGCAUAAGCAACUAAAUGAUCCACAACCUAGUUCAAGCUCAGGUCAACUAGAAAGUAGACAGAUGUCAUCCAUCGAUUCUACGAUUACCGUAGUACCGGAAACGGAAGAUAAUCCCGCGAAGAAGAACACAGAAUACAUAGAGGAAACAUGGGAACAUUCCAAAGCGAGGCGCUAUCGUAGGCGGGCAAUAUUCUGCACGGAUACGUACAACAAUAUGGGUGACAUGGCGCGAGAAAAAGAACUUUCAGAAGCACUGAGUAGCAUGAAGGAUCGAUGGAGUCGUCGGCCCAAACUUGACAGGCAAUUGUCAGAUGUAGUGUUGACGAAAAAACCCAUGUUAGAAGAAAUUCUCUCAGAGCAAAAAGACACAAAUAAAACUGAUAAUGACAUAUCAACAAUAAAUGGGGAUGUAUCAAUUGAAGAACAUGACAAAGAAUGUAAACAGCGACCGAAAAAACUUACUAUGAAGGAUGUGUACAAAGAAUUACGAUUGAUGCGACAGGUAGUGGCAGCCAGUGUUAGAACAGCCUCAUCUGUCGUAAGGGAACAUCAAGAUAAAACUGUGUCAAUAGCAUCACCUUCUGAAAUCGACAUAGAGAAGAAGGAAGAAAAUGAUGAUCCAGAGAUUGAAAAUGCUACGGGGAACACAUCAGACACGUGUGACACUAACGAAUCUGACCCUCCUCCGUCAGAUAUAGAAACUCCACAAACUGAGGAAAAUGCUGAAACAACAUUUGAAUCCCAAGACUCCAACCGUGACCAAGAGGAUGAGGAGAUGACAACUGUCCGCCAGUUAUCCAAUAUGGACAUAGAGCAUGAUGAUGGCACACAGAACACAGAAGAUGACAAUGGCAGUAAUAUGACAAUAGGACAAUGUGACGAUUCAACAAAUGACCAAAGUGAGCACACGGUUGAAUGUGACGACGAUGUCGUUCAGGUCAAUACAAACGAUGACCUAGGGUUAAUAAAAGAAAAUGAGGUUAUGGUAAGUAUUGAACGAAGGGAAAGCACAAAGUCAGUUGAUUCAUAUGACCAGUCGACUGAAAUGUCCGUUGAACAGACAGUACAGAUCAACAAUGAUGUAAGGGAUAAAGUAACAUCACGUCUCAGUUUCCAAAUCGACCAGACUGCUGACGAGGAAACUUUCUCGCGGAAAGAUAGCACAUGUUCCAUGGACUGGGCUAGCACCUAUUCUAACAUGAAUGACGUUGU